AGAGAGAUAGCAUGUUUUUUUUCCCCUCAACUUCGAAACCAACUGCGCAGAUGUGAGACGGUGGACAAGCUCGAUGGGACAGAGACUUUAUGCGUAAAGAGAAAGUUGUGACAGUCGGCAGAAGUUGUAAACCCGGACAGAUAAGAAGAAGCAGCGGAAGACAUGGCCUCCACCUCCACCUGGUCAGCUCAAAGUGAGGCGCUAUCCUGUCCGGUGUGCCAGGACAUCUUCAAGGACCCCGUGCUUCUCCCUUGUAGCCACACUUUCUGUAAUGACUGUGUGAAGACAUGGUGGAAAACGAAAAAAUCGCGUGAGUGUCCUCUUUGCAAGGCAGUGUCGAUACGUAAAUUACCACCUCGCAACCUGGUGUUGAAAACCCUGUGCGAGACUUAUCUGCUGGAGAUGGACCCAGGGGUUUUCUGUCGCCUCCACAGCGAGAGGCUCAGACUCUUCUGCCAGGAUGACCAGACACCUGUCUGCCUCGUCUGUAGAGACUCAAGACUGCAUACAAAUCACAGGUUUUCUCCCGUUAACGAGGCAGCAGAGCGUCUCCGAAAGGACCUGGGGGAUUACCUGAGUCCUCUGCAAGAGAAAGUGAAACUCUUCAACGAAGUGAAACUAAAUUGGGACAAAAUAGAUGAAGAAAUUAAGACUCAAGCUCGGGAGACAGAGACCAAGAUAAAACAGGAGUUCAGUGAAAUUCGUGAGUUUUUGGAAUUGGAGGAAGCAAUCAGGCUCGCAGGACUGAAAGAUGAAGAGGAGCAAAAAAGAGGGAUGAUGAAGGACAAGAUUGCAGGUUUGACAGCACAGAUAAAGGCCAUGGAAAGUACCAUAAACACCAUCGAGGAAGGCCUGAGAGAUGAUGACACGGCAUUGCUCUUUAAAGUCAAAGCUUUAAAGAGUGUAACUGAGCGCCCCCUGCCGGAUGACCCAGAGCAGCUCACAGAUGCCCGGGUCGAUGUUGCCAAACACUUGGGAAAUAUGAGGGUGAGUGUGUGGUGGAAGAUGAAGAACGUGGUGUCAUACACCCCUGUGAUCCUGAACCCCAACACUGCCCAUCCAGAGCUCCACAUGUCCAACGAUCUGACAAAUGUAAGAUGUGGGCCAAAACAGACUUUUGCCGCAACCCCAGAGAGGAUGAAGCAGCACCGCAGUGUCCUGGGCGCUAAGGGCUUCACAUCAGGGUGUCACAGCUGGGACGUGCAGGUGAGAGACAAUCAUGUGUGGGCACUGGGUGUGAUAGCACAGGAUGCCCAGAGGACGGGAAACAUACUGUCUGGGUUAUGGAUGCUGAGGUGUUGUAAUGAUAAAUUCACAGCAUUCUCCCCAUCAUGCUCAGGCUCUGUCCUCCCUCUGAGGCACAGGCUCUGGAGGGUCAGAGUGCAUCUGGACUGUGACAAAGGGAGGCUGUCCUUCAUUGAUCUAGACACUAACAAAGCCAUACAUACCUUCACACACGCAUUCACCAGCCGACUGUUUCCAUACUUCAACACCUGGAGUGACCACCCACUGAAGAUAAUGCCAAGGAACCUCUUUAACAGCAACGCUAUUGUGUGAAACUGAUUUGGUGAUGCGCCAUUAUUAUUUGCCAUAUUUUUUUUUUAUCAAGCCAGAGAACCUGUUUUAUCUCUGGGGGUCAUCAUUGUGGCAACAAAAGUAAUGGGCAAUCGCUGCAUUGGAUGAAAAUAAAAUAAAUGAUGGUACAGUAUAGGCAAGUACUGUACAUGCUGAGAGAACGCAACAGAAUGUACACAUGGAAACUGUAAAUAAAUUUAGACUCAGAUUGGAGCAGAGUUGGGAAUAAUUAAAGUUGUGUAUUUAGAGAUGUGUGCAAUGUAAAAUAUAGUAAAAACUACCAAUAUGCAGCCGUAGUAACUGAAUAUAUGCACAAUUACAGAAAAGUGAAUUUUUCACAUAGAUGGUCACUUUGUUAAUUCUUUUGUUUGUAUUUUUCUUCCUUUUGGGGUACAAUCAGGGUGGGAUUAGUGCAAUUGCAUUAAAUAGUUAAAAUAUUUUGAUUGAGUGUCUAUGUAUGCUUAUGUAUAUGUCUGCAUUUCUCUUCUGCAGUUUUGGGGUUCCUUAACUUUGAAUGGAUCCACUUUUGGAAGUGUAUAAAUGAAAAAAUAUACAUAAUUUAAAGAUGUAAACAAAAAUAUACUUUAUUAUUAUUAUAAUUUAUUAUUACUUUGCUAACUUUUGCGUUUUUCUGAAUCUACAACAGGGACCUUUACCCACAAACCAAAUGGUAGCAGGGAGUCUCAGGGAUUUUUCAUGUAGAUGGUCACUUUGUUACUUCAUUUGUGUUUGUAAUUUUCUUUCUUUUACACUUUUUUGAAGUACUGUUAGGGUGGUGUUGAUACCAUUACAUUGAAUAGUUGAAAGUUAAGCUUGACUGUAUUUUUAUUUUUAUUAUUUUGCAUUUUUCUACCACAGUGUGGGGUUCCUUAUUUGUUAUUAAAUUGCCUUUAAACAACUUUGAGUGUGUAAAUGGAAAAAAAAUGUAUAGACCAAAGCAAUAAGAUACUUUAUUAUUACUUUGUUAAGGUACCAUCAGGGUGGUGGUACCUCUGUGGUCAUAUACUGUUGCAUUGAACAGCUAACUUGAUUGUAUCUUUUAUUUACAUUUCUCUGCCUCACUGUUGGAGUGUGUUAAGACUACUGUUAAAUGUUCACUUUAAAUGGUUACACUUAUCUAAGUGUGUAAAACAGUUAAACAGUUAAUUAACAAGAAUAAUAAAACACUUUGUGUCUGAAUAA